AUGUAAGACAAAUAAAUUAUUCAGCUUUUUGAAAAAUACUCUAAACUUAAUGAUCCAAAAUUAGUGUUCUAGACAAGCGAAUAAAUUUUAGAAAGAGUAAAUGAAGGUGAUAUAACCUAUGUAUUAUCUAAAAUUAUGAAUUGUUUACAAUCAACAGAUUUUGACACUACAAUCAAUUAUGCUCUAUUAUUAAAGUAACUAAUAUAGAAGUAUUCAUCUAAACAUCAAACUUUAUAACCUAAAGCUAUUUUCGAUCAAUUAUAGAAAACAUUAAGCAAAAAGAAUUCAUAUGGUAAAAGUGAAUUUAAACAUUUUAUGCUAACAAAAUAUUUAGUCUAUUCCUAUUUAGAUUUUUAGAACUUAUUAAAUAUUAUACUUGAAGAUCGUAAAACCGAAGAUUCAGAAUAUUUAACCUAUGUUUUAUUGAAGCAUCUGUAUUAAUUAUUAAAUAAUCUAGUAAACCUGAAAAUGUUAAAUAAGUAAGCAAUUAAAUAAAAAAUGAUCUGUAAAAUUUAACACCAAGAGUGUUUUGCAUUUUAGUUAAACUUCAAUAAUUGAGUCAAAAAGGAUAAUUUUAAUGGGAUAAAUAUCUUUAAGAGUAAGUCUUUGAUAGAUAGAAAUUCCACAAACUCUUAGAAUAAGCUAAUGAACAAUUUCCAAAGAAACAACUUUUCUAUUAAUAUUUAGCUAUAUAUAUGGGAAAAGUAUAAUAUCUAAUUAAUAUUUAUAGUUUAGUCAAUCCUAAGAAAACUAAAAAAUAUUUGACGAGUUUUGGGAAUACUUAUUCUAACAAGAAGAUUUAAGAAAAUUAAACUACAUCAUUUUAUCUAUUUUUAAACAUUUUCUAAAAUCAACUACCAUUCCCUUAUCUCUUAUGAGAAAUUAAUAAUUAAUUGAAUUAUGGUACAGGUAAUUUGGAAAUUCCAAUUCAGUUAUGAAAAGAUUAGCAAAUAAGAUUGAAUAACACUUAACUUAAAGGACUGUUUCUUUUGAAGAUAUUGUUUAUUUGAGAAAUAUUUAUGGUUAUCGAAUUCAUCCUAAAAAUGGUAUUGCAUAAAAAUUAUUGGCAAAGUUUACAGAAGAUGAAAUAUAUUAAUAUUUUGAGAAUAUGAAAUAAUAGGAAUAAUCUUCUACUGAUCCAAUAAAUAAACUCUAUUAUUUAAAUGAAAUCUAUGUUCUUGCAACUGUAAGUAAUACCAACAUUAAAGUUUUAACAUCUAUGAUAAAAUAUAUUUUUGAAAUUGGUUGCAUAAAUUUUCAAUAGAUUUAUGAAUAAUUAGAUGAGGAGUCUAAGGAAGCAUACUAAUUUGAAGAAAUAAAGAAAAAGUUUUUAGAUUAAUGUUAGAGUUUCUUUUAUUCACUUAUUGGAAAAGUGGCUAAUGUAAAUAUUAUAUAUAAAUAGUAGAAUAUUUAAGAAUUUGAUGAGUUAACAAAGUCUCUUUUGAAACAACUAAAAAAAUCAGAUUUAAUGAAAUAAUAUAAAUUGAUUACUGCAAAAUAACCUAAAGAGUGUAUAAAACAUUUAGUAAAUACAAUCCUUAUGUUUUCAUUUCUUAAUGAAGAUGAAGGAUUAUAAAUCUUGGAAGAGUUUCAACAUAUUGCAGGUGACAUUUAAGAUGAGGAACCACAAAUUAAAAAAAAAGUAAAGACUAAUCCAGAGAAAGCAAAAGUUGUCUUAACAGAAGUGUUUAUUUAAUUGUUAACUAAAUCUCCAUGUAAUAAAAAAUAGUAUAAAAUUUAGAAUUCUUAAGAGAUGCUGUGAAUUAGUGCUGUAAAUAACUAGAGUUUACAAAAGAAUGUUUAGAAAUACUACUUGAUGUAUUGUUGAAAGAAGAUCAUGAGUAUAUAGCUGAGAUGUAACAAUAAGAAUUAGAUGAUGAGGAAGGUGGGGAUGAAAGCUUAGAAGAAGAAGAAGAGGAAAAUUAAUGAU